GACUCUCUGCAUCUCUCUGCUGCGAACCAUUCAAGGAAGCUUUUUGUAGGGUUCAUUUUUUGUUUGUUUCUCUAUCUUUCUCUCUCUCUCUCUUCCUUUUUCCCUCCUUCUCUAUGGCUCUCUCUACGCGCUUAGGCCUGGGACCAUAAAUCGACAGCUCGUCUACCUUUCAUGCUUUGAUUCUUGAGCCUGAAAUCACUACUUCGAGCUUUGAGAUCUGAAGAAAUGGAGCAAGAUAUGGAGAUUUACUUGGGAAAGAGAUGAUAUUUCUUCAAUAUUUUUCUGCUAUCUCUUCUGGUGUUUAGCUACUAAGCUCUUACAACAGAGGCUGAGACUUGAGAGGUACUGGUGGUCUCUUCUUAACUGUACUUGGUUAGUUAAAAAUCCUUUCUCUGACAACCCUGCCAACUGGACAAGGAAAAUCAAUCCCAGCCAUGAUGAGCAACCUCAAGCUAGGGGUGGAGCUGGUGAGUGCGUCCAAUCUCAUGCCUAAAGACGGUGAGGGUUCAGCCAGUUCUUUUGUGGAGUUCCUCUUUGAUGGCCAGAAGUUCCGCAGCAGUGUGAAGGAAAAAGAUCUGAACCCUUAUUGGAAUGAGAGCUUUUAUUUCAACAUCACUGACCCAACCAACCUCCAGAACCUUACACUUGAUGCCAAUGUCUACAACAACAACAAAGCCACCCAUGCAAAGUCAUUUCUGGGGAGGGUCCGUCUAUAUGGGACUUCAUUUGUUCCCUACUCUGAUGCUGUUGUCUUACACUACCCUUUAGAAAAGCGUGGCAUGUUCUCACGUGUAAAAGGAGAGCUUGGCUUGAAAGUCUAUGUCACUGAUGACCCUUCAAUAAAAUCCUCAAAUCCACUUCCUGUAUUUGAAUCCUUACCAAACUCUGACUCCCGUUCAUCCCAACCACAAGUGCAACAAGAAGCUCCAAAUCCAGUCCCAAACCUGUUUUCUAAUGACAAAUCUGGGACAAGACACACCUUCCAUCAUCUACCUAAAGAGAACAACCACCAGCAACAACUUCCUACUGCACAUGUGUCCCAACAACAGAUGCUUUAUCAUUCUGAUGAGAUGAAACCUGAGCCACAACAGCCAAAAAUUGUUCGCAUGUACUCAUCUUCAUCAUCCCAACCAGCUGACUAUGCGUUGAAAGAGACUAGCCCAUUCCUUGGAGGGGGACAGAUUGUUGGUGGCCGUGUUAUACGUGCAGAAAAACCUGCCAGCACUUAUGACCUAGUUGAACAGAUGCAGUUCCUCUUUGUUCGAGUUGUGAAGGCCCGUGACCUUCCUACCAUGGACAUUUCAGGCAGUCUUGACCCGUAUGUGGAGGUUAGGGUUGGGAACUACAAGGGAAUCACGAAGCACUUUGAGAAAAACAGAAACCCUGAAUGGAACCAGGUGUUUGCCUUUUCAAGGGACCGAAUGCAAGCAUCAGUUUUAGAAGUUGUGAUGAAAGACAAGGAUUUGGUCAAGGAUGACUUUGUUGGCAUUGUUAGAUUCGACCUCAAUGAGUUGCCGACCCGGGUUCCACCAGAUAGUCCACUGGCUCCAGAGUGGUACCGGCUGGAGGACAAGAAAGGGGACAAGACAAGAGGUGAGCUGAUGCUUGCUGUGUGGAUAGGUACUCAAGCCGAUGAGGCAUUUCCUGAUGCAUGGCAUUCUGAUGCUGCAUCCCCUGUUGAGAGCUUUGCUGCUGCUUCGUCACUCUUACGCUCUAAGGUCUACCAUGCACCAAGGUUGUGGUAUUUACGUGUCAACGUCAUUGAGGCACAGGAUUUGGUUCCAACUGAGAAGAAUCGUUUCCCUGAAGUGUAUGUCAGGGUACAGAUUGGACACCAGGUGUUGAAGACAAAGACUGUUCAGGCCCGGACAAUGAGCCUGCUCUGGAAUGAGGAUCUGUUGUUUGUUGCUGCAGAGCCCUUUGAGGAACAUCUGAUUCUUACAGUUGAAGAUCGUGUUGGAUCCGGCAAAGAUGAGACCAUGGGGAGGGUCAUCAUACCCUUGAAUUCUGUUGAGAAGCGCGCUGAUGACCGAUUGAUCCAUACUCGUUGGUUCAACCUUGAAAAGCCAGUUGCUGUAGAUGUGGAUCAGUUGAAGAAGGAGAAGUUUUCCAGCCGACUUCACCUCCGAGUGUGUCUUGAUGGUGGUUACCAUGUUCUUGAUGAGUCAACUCACUACAGCAGUGACCUUCGGCCCACUGCAAAGCAACUAUGGAAGCAUUCAAUUGGUGUUCUGGAACUUGGUAUUCUCAAAGCAGAGGGGAUCCACCCAAUGAAAACAUUGGAUGGGAGGGGUACAUCAGAUACAUAUUGUGUGGCGAAGUAUGGUCACAAAUGGGUGCGUUCACGUACCAUCAUGAACAACCUAAGUCCGAAGUACAAUGAGCAAUACACCUGGGAGGUUUAUGAUCCAGCUACGGUUCUUACUGUAGGUGUAUUUGACAAUGCCCAGCUAGGGGAAAAAGGUUCAAAUGGUCACAGGGACAUGAAGAUUGGGAAGGUAAGGAUACGUAUCUCAACGCUUGAGACUGGCCGUGUUUACACGCAUGCUUACCCAUUGCUAGUCUUACAUCCUUCUGGUGUUAAGAAGAUGGGAGAGCUGCAUUUGGCUGUACGGUUUUCAUGCACAUCAUUGAUGAACAUGCUACACAUAUACUCACGCCCAUUGUUGCCAAAGAUGCACUACAUAAGGCCGUUGACAGUGAUACAGCUCGACAUGUUGCGUCACCAGGCUGUGACCAUCGUGGCAGCACGGCUAAGCAGGUCAGAGCCCCCUCUACGGAAGGAGGUGGUUGAGUACAUGUCUGAUGUGGAUUCACACCUCUGGAGCAUGCGGCGCAGCAAGGCUAACUUCUUCCGGCUAAUGUCAGUAUUCUCGGGUUUGUUUGCAGUUGGUAAAUGGUUUGGGGAUGUGUGCUUCUGGAAGAACCCUAUAACAACAGUGCUUGUGCAUGUUCUCUUUGUGAUGCUCGUAUGCUUCCCUGAGUUGAUACUUCCGACAGUGUUCCUAUACAUGUUCCUGAUAGGAAUAUGGAACUACCGGUAUCGGCCACGCUAUCCCCCACACAUGAAUACGAAGAUCUCUCAUGCAGAGGCAGUGCACCCUGAUGAGCUUGAUGAAGAAUUUGACACUUUCCCAACAUCCCGCGGUGCAGAACUCGUGCGAAUGAGGUAUGAUAGGCUGAGAAGUGUGGCAGGGAGGAUACAGACCGUGGUUGGAGAUGUUGCAACACAAGGGGAGCGGAUGCAAGCCCUACUGAGUUGGCGGGAUCCUCGUGCCACUGCACUCUUUGUGAUAUUCUGUCUCAUUGCUGCACUAUUGUUGUAUGUGACGCCUUUCCAGGUGGUGGCUGUUAUUGCAGGCUUCUACUUGAUGAGGCACCCAAGGUUCCGUCAUAGGUUGCCGGGAGUGCCAGUCAAUUUCUUCCGUCGGCUGCCUGCCAGAACAGAUAGUAUGUUGUAAAUUGGUGGAUCUGUAUUUCUCGGUGAGAUUUCCAGAUUCUGCAUUUGUGGAUCUUGCUUCUCCCUGUUUUCUUUUUUGUUGUAUGUUGUAAGGUGGUUUAGAUUCCGCUGGUACCAUAGCAUGCAGGAAUGAAUAAUAGUAGCAAUAGUAGUUUGUGUUUU